AUGAAUAUCGUGCACCAGCCACUCCGGUUGCUCUUCGGUCACUACUCGGUCGCUCUUUGUUUGCUACUCAGGUGUUACUUGGUCGCAUCUCGGUUGAUCUUCGGUCGCUACGCGGUCAUUUCCGGUAGAUCGCCGGUUGCUUGGUCACUAAUCCAUCGCUCUUCGAUCGCUGCUCGGUUGCUACUCGGUCAUUACUCGGUCGCUAAUACGUCAAUCUUUAGUUCCUCUUCGGCGGCCCCUCGUUACUUGGUCGCUACUCCGUCGCACUUCAUUUGCCCCCAGGUUGCUUUGCGGUCGUUAAUCGGUUGCUACUCCGUUGUGCUUUGGUCGUUCCUCGGUUGCUACUCGGUCAUUACUCGGGCGCUUUUAGUUCGCUCUUCAGUCGCCCCUCAGUACUCUUCAGUAGUUACUUGGUCGCUACUUCGUCGCUCUUCGUUCGCCGCCAGGUUGCUUUUCGGUCGUUCAUCGGUUGCUACUCCGUUGUACUUCAGUCGUCCCUCGGCUGCUCUUCGGUUGCUACUCGGUCAUUACUCAGUCGCUAAUCCGUCGCUCUUAGUUCGCUCUUUGAUCGUUCUUCGGUCGCCCCUCGAUACUCUUCGGUCGUUUCUUGGUCGCUACUUCGUCGCUCUUCGUUCGCCCCCAGGUUACUUUUCGGUCGUUAAUCGGUUGCUACUCCGUUGUGCUUUGGUCUUUGCUCUUUGGUCGCUCUUCGGUCGCCUCUCGGUACUCUUCGGUAGUUACUUAGUCGCUACUUCGUCGCUCUUCGUUCGCCCCCAGGUUGCUUUUCGGUCGUUCCUCGGUUGCUACUCCGUUGUUCUUCGGUCGUUCUUCGGUUGCUACUCGAUCAUUACUCGGUCGCUCUUAGUUCGCUCUUUGGUCGCUACCUGUUUGCUCAUCGGUCGCUACUCGUUUGCUCAUCGGUCGUUCCUCGGUCGGUCUUCUGUCGCUCCUCGGUUGCUACUCCCUCGCUAUUUGGUCGCUCCUCGGUAG